GACAACGCCAACACCUGUCUCUCAUUCCUAUCCAUCAUUGCUUCGCUCCACUCGCUGACUACCUGGACGAUCAUCGCACCCUCACACAUCUUCCCUUUCUCGUUUCCAACCGUUAAAGCCAGCCAAUCCCCGAGCGGGCUCGCAUAGCCGCCGCAACACUCGCCUACCGCGAUGAACGGCUCAACAGGAACGCCGUCGUGGGCAUCCACGCAGCGGCAAACAGGCCAAUAUCGCCCGCCUACGGGCGACAACAGCUUUGACCCGAGGCAGCAGCAAAGCGGAGGAGGCGGCGGAGGACUGGGCGGUGUGAUGGACUCGAGCCCUUCCCUUGGCCGUAUGCCUUCUCGUGGUCGCGACCAGCAGCAGCAGCAGUGGCCUUCGUCGUCCUCUGGUAACGACACGCAGUCACACCGUGCUUCCUCUUAUCAACCCAUGCAGCAAAACGGCGGCAGUCAAAGAAUGGCAGCUCAGCAAGACAGCCAUCGUCGCACUCAAUCGCUUCGACCUUUUUCAGCUUUCCAGCCUCUGGAUCAGGCUGACCCUUAUGGUCCCUCACAGAAGAGUCCAGGCACUCCCAACGACCGACCACCUUCACCAACAGGCUCGACUUCUCGCUCUAUUCGCACCUCAGCCGCUCCCUUGACUUUCAAGUCGCCUGAGCUGCGCAGUGCUCUCUAUCUGCAAGAUGCUCAGCAGAGGAAGACGUACAUGGAAGGAUACCUGUCAAGGCGAGAUGCAUUGGGCGCUGAUGGCAAGCCUUUGCACCCUAACGAUCCCAAGAAAGCUUGGCACUUGUGCUUUGUUCAGCUCAGCGGGACAGUGCUCAGCGUCUGGAGCGUAUCGCAGAUGGAAGAGGCUGCUCGAGAAGGCCGCGAAGUCCCUCCCACUUACAUCAACGUCACCGACUCAUUCGUCGACCUCAUCGGCAACCUCAUUGAGGACCCUAACGAGGUACCAGGCUCACGCGGCCGCUACGAGAAUGUCUUCGCACUCAAUUCGGCAGGCAACAAUCGCAUCCUCUUCUGCGUCGAGGGCGCAGUAGGCAGGCGACUUGUGCAGGCGUGGGUCAAUGGCAUCAGGCUAGCUUCGUGGGAAAAGGUCAGGCUCGAGGAGAUCUACACCGGCGCACUCAUUCGAGCUCGACUGGGCUCUGUUGGCGCCAACAGCACUGAUACAGGCCCCAUGCAGGGCCCACCACCCGCAAUGGCCAACCUCACCAUCGCCAGCCCGGUCUCCAAGGGCAAGAUGGAGGGAUGGGUCAAGGCACGCUUCAUGGGCUCGACAGAAUGGAAGAAGUGCUGGCUCGUCCUCUCCAAGGACAAGAACGAGGCCUCAUCAGGGCAGAGCGUCACGAGGAGAUUUUGGAACAAGAUUGGCGGCGCGGGUGAUCGAAGCUCGAUCCUCAGCAUGGCUUCGACUUCGGACAAGGACCCUACCGCUCCCACCACGCCAGGACGCACCUUGUCCAACACGGGCGAGGGCCUAGCAAUGGAGCCCCCGCCAGGCAGCAACAAUGCCCCAGGCAUUGCCCAGUUCUACACGAGCAAGAAGGACAAGAAACCCUUCGCCACCAUGCUCUUUGCAGCCCACGCCUUCGCCGUCUACCCUUCACGCCCAGAGCUCGUGGAGGGCUCAUCGCUCUUCAAGGUAGAGGGCGCCUUCCCGCUCAGCCAAGUCCUCUCGGCCACGCACCGUAUUCGACAGACGGGCUGGGUCAUGAUCAUGCCGGAGCUCGAAGCAGGGUCGCGCGGCGCAAACGCCGAGAUGAUGAAGUGGGUCAUCGGCUUCAUGGACUCGUUCCAACUCUACGGCCGUCCAGAGGGGUUCAACUGGGACGCUCGCAGCCCGAAAUCCGCUUUCUUCGCAUACCCAAUCGGGCAGUACAAGGAACGAUUGUUCUUGGAUCGUGAGCUCGCGGAGUUCCUUGAUGUAAGGGAAGAGCGUCACUUGGCUACGAGGACGAACCUACAUGGAAUCAUGGCUGCGAGAAUGAGGGGCGAGAGGACCCCCUUACUGCCUCCUUUGCCUCAGCCUAAUACUGCGCAUACGAGGCAGCUCAAUGGUGGGAAGAGUGGACCGCAGCAGCAGCAGCUGAGCGCGGAUCAAGCUGCCACGUCGGAGCCAACUUCACCUUUGCCUGAGGCUACUGGCGGCCCAGAUGAUGAUGACGACCAACAACCUCAACGUAGCAGUGGUCUCGAGCCAAUUGGUGAGCGAUCGCGCGAGGGCAGCCAGAUGACCUUGGCCGCCGCCCAGCAGCACCAGGACCGAUCCCAGCAAGGCAGCGCGACAUCGGCUAAGGACUCUGACCUCCCGUAUCGCAGCACCGACUCGCAGCAACAGCAGCAGCAGCAGCCGAGCAGAUACGCCGGUGCUGCCGCUCCAGCUCUCGCGGCAGGUGCACUCGCUGGCUCGGCAGCAGCUUCGCAGAGGGACGAGCGCGCCAGCUCCUCGCUCGAAGGCCCUCGACGACCUUUCACGGCUGAACGACAGGACUCGUACAGGACAGCGCCGGCUGCAGCCACUCCGCCGCCCCCCUCAGUCAGGAGCGGUGUGGCCAGCAUCGACCGCUCAGACAGUCUCGACUCGCGUACUCAGUCCCAGCAGCAGCAGCCCCAGCAGCAGCAGCCAUCCUAUCUUGCCGCUUCUCGAGGUGCGCAGGGUUCUUCUCCUGCGGAUGCCACGCCGGUACCUUCGCCCAUCAAGAAGGACACGUCGAUGUCCGCAGCCGCGCCUCCCAUUGCCGCGGCAGCUGCUAUUCCUUCUGGCUCCUCCGCGGUGCCCGCUCCCUCAGGCCGUGGUGCAGAGGCCGACAAGCCCGCCACAUCUUCUUCAAUGGCCGUACCUAGCGACAAGACGCGACAGCGUCAGAGCGACGCCGAUUUGGCCUCAUCGUACGACGAGGGGGCCCUGUUCUACCUGCGCUCCAUGUCCGACCAGCAGCCGCCUGCUCCGUCCAAGCCAACUGUCCAAACUCAGCCGUCUCAGCUCGCCGCUGCAGCGGCUGCGAGCGGUGCUGCUGGAGUUGCCCCAAUGUCAGCAACGACUAAGGACUCGCCCGGCAUUGACACCCCUAGCUCAUACACUCAGCAAAGCAGUUACGCUCCAUCUUCGAGGACAGCGAACGGGCUCUCGCGCGACCCAUCCGUGCGCAUUCCGCAGCAAGAUGAAGACCGUCUGGAUGAGGAUGCACUUGCUGCAUAUUCAUACCUCGAUCAGCCUCCUUCCCCCUCGGCUCUGGGUCGUCAACGUAGCCUUCCCAAGCAGGCCACCGCUGCAGCCCCUGCGCCCGCUUCGUAUGCCGCCGCACCCGUUCAGCAGCAACAGCAGCAGCAGACUCAACAGACAUAUGCGCCCACACCCACCGCGGCCAACCCCUCGACCUUUGGGCAGAACAAGCGCGCCCAAGAGAGGAAGGAGGCCGCUCAGGCUCAGGCUGCAGCCGUAGCUGAAGCUCGUAGCAAGCCUGGUAAGGCAGCUGGAGCCACAAAGAAGGGCGGACUCAAGCCAAAGGGCCGUCACGCAUGGGGCGAGGAGAGCAGCGAGGACGAAGAGGAAGAAGAUGAAGACGAUGAAGAAGAGGAGCAGCGUCGGCAAGCCUCUCAAGGCUCACGCAUGGCCCCUCCAGUCGCUCAAGCCAUGAACUCUUCGUCAGCCAGCGGCUCUCAGGCUUCUUCCAUCGCCCGUGGCAUGACUGGAUCAUCUGCUGCAGCAACUGCUUCCGCCAAUGGUCUCCCUGCUCCCGGCAUGACCCCGGCAGGCAGCACCUACAGUAACAGCAGCGGUCGCCAAAGUCCUCGUUACGCAGAAUCUACGGCGGCUCCCUCGACCAUGCCAGCGAACAAUGCUGGUGCUGGCCAAGGCAUGAUGCGAGCAGGGCAGAGCCACCCGGCCCUUGCUUCUACUCAGCAGCAGCGUCAAUCUGUUCUCACACCUCACCUCGGCGCCCCCUACGCCUCGGAGGACGACGGUCGUCGCUCCGCCUCGCCGAACACCGCAGCGAGCUCGACCUACCCUGCUGCUCGCCAGCAGCCGCAAACCUUCGUCCAGCUCAACCCAGACGAGCAGCCAGGCUCGAUGACUACCGUCUUCCAGCCUCACGGCCUCCUUGAGGCCGGUGCUCAGGACAAGCAAGACCGGUCUGCCAAGCAGCAAGAGCUGGAAGCCCGCAUGGCAGGCGUCGGGCUCGUCAAUGUCCCCUCGAAGCCUCCCCCGCCUCAAGCUGGGCUGCUCGGCGCUAUCAGUGCGCAUGAGCGUGAGCGCAAGGGAGCCGGCGGCUUGGGAGCUACGAUGACGGAGAGGGAGCGACAGAGGGUCGAGGCCGAGCGACGUCAACGAGAGGAGGACGCUGCACAGCGCCAGCAACAACAGCAGCAGAUGAUGAUGCAGCAGCAGCAAAUGGCAGGCAUGGGUGGGAUGCUAGGCAUGAACCCUAUGAUGAUGGGUGGCGGGCAGUUCAAUCCUUUCCUGUGGCAGCAAAUGAUGAUGAUGAACCCGAUGAUGAUGGGUGGAAUGCCCGGGCAAGGCUCAGGUGAAUCGCAGUUGGGUGGUCACGGCGGUAGCCAACAGGGCAGUCACGGCGGCCAAUCCCCUCCGCCGGCGAUGGACCCUUACCAGCAGCAGAUGAUGCAGAUGCAGAUGCACCAGCAGCAGAUGGCUGCGGCCAUGGCUGCACAGCAGGCGUAUAUGGCUGCGAUGUCACAGAGUCAGCAGGGCGGUGGGCCAGGCUCGAUGAUGAGCGGGCAAGGUGGCGAUCAGCAGCAGCCUGGCAUGCCCGGCUCUCCUUCUCAAAUGUCCAUGAGCCCCAGCAUGCUCGGCAUGGGCGGCUAUGGUAUGCCAAGCCACAUGUCAAUGUACGGCAUGCCUCCUGGCGGGAUGAUGGGCGGAUACCCAAUGAUGGGCGGAGGCUCUGGAUCAGACUUUGGCGGCCCUGCCAGUGGCGGCGGGCACUUCCAGGGCGCCAGCGGUGGUAGCAUGUCAGGCAGACCUGGAAGCGCGCAUACGGGGGGAAGUCCGCAGCAGUCGCACGCUCAGCAGCAAUCGACUGGCAGCAGGAGGUUCGAGGGGUCAGCGGCGCAGGAGAGACCUGGCCAGGCAGGCUCGCCGUUGAGGCGUUAAAGGAGAGCAGUGUUGCGUGCGAAGGCCACCAAAAGAAUUCUGGACAGACACCUUUUCUGAUGCUUUCUAUACGUCUACGUCAACGUCUCUCUUGUCGUUCAGAAGUGUUGAAUAUCAGGAGUCAG